CUCUUCUUUUCUCUGCAUACAGGGAAACAGCUGGAUGGCAUCUGGCACACCUCCAUAAUAGUCCAUAAGGAUGAAUUCUUCUAUGGCAGUGGAGGAAUCUCCAGCUGUGCACCUGGAGGGACACUUCUUGGACCUCCAGACACAGUUGUUGAUCUGGGGAACACUGAAGUCACUGAAGAAAUUUUUCUGGAAUACCUUUCCUCUUUGGGCGAAUCUAUGUUCCGAGGAGAGUCUUAUAACCUCUUUGAACAUAACUGCAACAUUAAACAUUUGACAGAGCCAGCAGUACCAGUUUCUGAUGGAUCUGUCUGA